UUUUUGCUUUAACUUUUUCUUUAAAAAAUUUUGUUUGAAAGAGAAACAGGAAGAUAUGUCUUCUUCACUCGUUGAAUUUGUUAAAGUUGAUACGUGUGAUAAUCCAACAGAUCACGACGACAAAUUAAAAGUUUGUAAUCAUUUUUCUAUUGGAUUGUACAAAAAGAGGGAAGAUAAAAUAAUUGUUUUGAGUGUUGUAGCGCUUUUAUUUGUUGUUGCUAGUUGUUUGGCUGUUUGUGGAUAUUCUGGUUACAAUAAGCCGAUAAUUUAUGGUGAUUUUGAAGCGCAAAGACAUUGGAUGGAAGUAACAGUUAAUUUGCCAAUUUCUAAAUGGUAUUUUUACGAUUUGGACUAUUGGGGGUUAGAUUAUCCUGUUUUGACUGCUUACCAUUCUUGGAUUUUGGGAAAAAUUUCCCAAAAAUUCAAUUCAAGUUGGGUAGAAUUAGACAAAUCUAGAGGAAUCGAACAAAUUGAACUUAAAUUAUUUAUGAGAUUUAGUGUUAUUAUUACUUUAAUGUUGAUUUAUGCGCCAGCUUUAAUUUUGUUGGUUAUUCAAAAUGAGGGAAAGCAAAAUAAAAUUUCAUUCCUUCAUUUAGCCCAAGUUUUACUUUUUCCUGGACUUUUAUUUGUUGAUUGUGCCCAUUUUCAAUACAACCAUUUAUCACUCGGAUUAUUUUUGUGGGCAAUUCUUGCUUUUGAUAAGGGGAGAUUAUUUUUGGGUUCUAUACUUUUUGUUUUGGCAUUAAAUCAUAAACAAAUGGAGUUAUACCAUGCUUUGCCUGUCGCCGUCUUUUUGUUUUCCAGAAGCUUUAAAAGGGGCCAAAGUAUUUUUUCAGCAAUUGUGGAAAGUAUUUCAAAUCUGUCAAAGCUUUCUUUUGUUGUUUUUGAUACUUUUUUCAUUUUGUGGGUUCCCUUUUUACUUCCAUCUCCUUCUGUGGCUUUACAAGUUUUGAAAAGAUUAUUUCCCUUUUAUAGAGGACUUUUUGAGGAUAAAGUUGCCAAUUUUUGGUGUUGUGCUUCUAUUUUUAUUAAAUUUAAACAAAUUUAUUCGGUUGAAAAAUUAAUUAAAAUUAGUUCAUUAUUAGUAUUAUCAACAUGUUUACCUUCAUUAUAUUGUCUUUUAUCAAAACCUAAUGGACGCAAUUUUCGAAUUGCUUUAGUUAUUUGUUCUCUCAGUUUUUAUUUAUUUUCAUUUCAAGUACACGAAAAGUCAAUUUUGUUGGUUGGAAUUCCAGCUCUUUUACUUUUGGAUGACAAAACUUUAGGUAACUCUAUGGCAAUUUUGCUUUCAACUUGUUGUUUUAGGUGA